AUGGAAAACCCCAUCUCGUCAUCCCAACCCGCCUUGCCCCAGACACAAACACCCUCCCGCUCUCCCUCGCCCGCCCCGCCCAUCGUCCAGCCCGACCAUUUCUACGGCCACGACGACGGCAGACUCAUUCCUUCACCGCGUUCGGACGGACGCACAUGGCUCGACCCUGCCGACGAUCCGCUCGCCCACAGGGGCAUACCGGUCUUCAAGCCGACCAUGCACGAGUUUCAGGACUUUGAAGGCUACAUGAACAAGAUCCAGCCUUGGGGAUCGAGGAGCGGAAUCGUCAAGGUCAUUCCGCCAAAGGAGUGGUGCGACGCGCUCCCGUCUACCAAGGAGCAGCUCGGGAGCGUCAAGAUACGCACACCGAUUGAGCAGCACAUGCUCGGUCGUGGGGGUCUGUUCCGCCAGGAGAAUAUGGAGAAGCGCCGCAUCAUGAGCGUCCGCGAGUGGUUCGAGAUCUGCGAGAAGGAUGACUUCAAGGCGCCCGGCGUAGAUGACAUCGGACUUCAUGCGCGUAGCGCAAACGCUCGCCCGAGGACCACGAGGCGGAGGAAGACGGCGGCGAAGGAGGAGACGGUAGAGUCCGAGAUUAAGCAAGAGGAGGAGCCCUUGUCACCGCCUCAUUCGCCACAAGCCGAUCUCAAGGAGGUCAAGGAAGACUCGGUGUCGAAUGUCAAGGAAGAGGAAGGGGCAGAAGGCUCGAACAAGGAGGACCAAGAGGACCAGGAGGACAGCAAGGCAAAGGCAAAGCGGACGCGCGAAGUUAGGGAGGCUCAGCGGGCCGCUCAGGACGUCACUUUCCUGGAGUCUUUUGAAGCCCACAAGGACUGGCUGCCGUCCAACACGACCAACGACGAUUACAAUAUCGAGUUCUGUCAGAAGCUCGAACGCCAGUUUUGGCGGAAUUGUGGAUUGGGCAAGCCGGCGUGGUACGGGGCGGAUACGAUGGGCUCCCUGUUUACCGACGAAACCAAGGCGUGGAACGUUGCUCGCCUGCCUUCGCUGCUCUCGCGGAUCCUGCCUUCGUCCUCCAAGGGGUUGCCUGGCGUCAACACGCCUUAUCUUUAUUUCGGAAUGUGGCGCGCAACGUUUGCGUGGCACGUCGAGGACAUGGAUUUGUUCAGCAUCAACUACAUUCAUUUCGGAGCACCCAAAUUUUGGUAUGCUGUUCCGCAGGGGCGUGCAGCUGCUUUGGAGCAGACUAUGAAAGGCUACUUCCCCAAGGACACUUCAGUGUGCCCACAGUUCCUCCGACACAAGUCAUUCCUGGCCUCGCCUACACUGCUCGCACAGUCAUCAUGUAGACCGAAUUUCUUGGUCCAGAAAGAGCAAGAAUUUGUGAUCACAUAUCCGCGCGGGUAUCAUGCUGGGUUCAACUUGGGCUUCAACUGCGCGGAGAGCGUGAAUUUUGCACUGGAUAGCUGGUUGGAGUACGGGCGGAGGGCGAAGGCGUGCGAGUGUGUGACGGAUAGCGUGCGGAUAGACGUCGACCAACUCUUGGCCGACCGGGAGGCAGAGGCCGCUGAAGCCUGUGCCUCCGCAUCGUCGUCAAAGCGCAGGGCAGAUGGAGACGGGUCGUCUCCGCAGAAGCGCAAGAGGCCGAAGAAGGAGAAUCAGUCGCCAUUUUCUGCGCCUUCGUCAUCUGCUUCUGCGGGUCCUUCAUCGGCGUCAACGCCGACGCCGAGGGUCACGCUCAGGUUGGGUCCGAGGCCGGAGGAGACGUUCCCUUGUUGUCUGUGCGUGUCCACGUCGAAGGAGGGGCUGUUGAGGGUGCAGGAUCCGCCAAUAGGCAGGAGGGAUUUGCCAGAGUCGCUGGGGAGUUUGAGGGAGGUUGGGAGGUGGAUGGCGCAUGGGGAGUGUGCGAAGAUUGUACCGGAGACGUGGGUGGAUGAGGUGGAGGUGGAUGGUCAAAAUUUGGGUGGGGAAAGGAGGGAGAGGAGGGUGUUUGGUGUAGAUGGGAUUGUCAAGGAUCGGUGGGGGCUGAAAUGCGCGGCGUGUACGAAGACCAAGGCGAAGGCCCAUGGUGCGCCAAUACAGUGCACAAAGGGCAAGUGUGCCAAGUCGUAUCAUGUCUCGUGUGCGCGGGGUGGGGCGUCAAGUGGCAUUUCAUUCUUGAUUGUGGAGGAGCAUGAGCGAGAAGUUACGAUCGUGGACCCGAAUCCGCCUCCUACGCCCGCGCUGGUGGAUGUUGUUUCUGUCAUCGAUGAUGCUCAGCCAACAAGUAUGGAUGUGGAUGGCGCAACUCCGCCUGACGCUACCGCUUCGGAGCCACAGGUGCUCAAAAUUAUCAAGAAGCUAGAGGUACAGGUUCUGUGUCCUCAGCAUAACCCCGAAGUGGCCGCAGCAAAGAAAGCCUCAAAGCAGGACAAAAUCAAAAACGACCUACUGGCGCUCCCGCCGAUGUCGCGGAUCAAGGUCCGGGUGAGCUCGGGCGUGUUCGAGGUAUCGCUCGUGCGCGUCAUCGAAGAGUCCAAGUCGAUCGAGGUACUCUGGGACCGCGGGCUCAGGCGCGAGUUCAAGUGGGGGAGCGUGGUAUUUGGGCAGACAGAUGGACAGGAUGUGCAGCAGAAACCGUCGACACCUGCGCCGGACCGUGCGUAUUUUCUUGCUCGUUUGUACGUUUGA